ACAUGAUGUCAUAAGGCUGCACUGGGUCUGGCUCCUGCAUCUGUGAUUCAAAUGAAGAAAGAAAAACAACUGGUGAAGCAGCUGAAAUCCACAUGAUGAACUAUUAUAAAGAUGAUGUUUAUUAAAGAGGAGAAUGAAGAAAUGAGGAUUGAAGAAGCAUUUAGUAUGAAACAAGAAGAUACUGAGGAACAAACAAAAAAGGCCUUUAUUAAAGAGGAGAGUGAAGAUGUGAAGACUGAAGAAACAUUCAGAGUGAAACAUGAAGAUACUGAGGAACAAACAGACCUGAUGCCACUGAAAGAGGAGAGUCAAGAACUGAAUGAAAUGGAAGUGAAAGGUCAUUAUGAGAAACAUAAUGAUUUCUUAACUGGACACUUUAUUUGCUCACAGACUGAAAAAUCUUUCUCACAAAAAAGAGCUCAAAAGACAGGAGCUAAAAGUAAUUUCACCUGCCAACAGUGUGGAAAGAAUUUUAUUCGAAACAAAAACCUUAGAGUCCACAUGAGAAUUCACACUGGAGAGAGGCCAUUCACUUGCCCUCAUUGUGGAACGAGUUUUGUUCAAAAAGGAACCCUUAAAAGGCACAUGAGACUUCAUACUGGAGAGAAGCCAUUCACAUGUCUUCAGUGUGGAAAGAGGUUUAUUCAAAAGGGAAGCCUUAACAGGCACAUGAGAAUUCACACUGGAGAAAAGCCGUUCAAAUGCGCUCAGUGUGGAAAAUGUUUUGAUCAACAUAGAAACCUUAUAGUCCACAUGAGAGUUCACACUGGAGAGAAGCCUUUCACCUGCCAACAGUGUGGAAAGAGUUUCACUAAAAAAGGAAACCUUGAGGUCCAUAUGAGAGUUCACACUGGAGAAAAGCCAUUCGUAUGCCCUCAGUGUGGAAAGAGUUUUGAUCAACAAGGAAAUCUUGCAGUUCACAUGAGAAUUCAUACUGGAGAGAAGCCUUUCACCUGCCAACAAUGUGGGAAAAGUUUCACUAAAAAAGGAAGCCUUGAAAGCCACAUGAGAACUCACACUGGAGAGAAACCUUACACAUGCUCUCAAUGUGGAAAGAGUUUCGCUCAAAAAGGAAGCUUUAACAGGCACAUGAGAAUUCACAUUUGAGAGAAGCCUUAAACCUGCCAUCACUGAGGAAAGCUUCCUAGAGCACCUCAUAAUGCUCAUUAUAUAAAACACAAAAGAACCUACAUUGUUUAAUAACUUGACUUUAACUAAACAUAUACACAAGCUUAAGAGAAACUAUUCUGAUCUAAAAGUGUUUUCCAACAUUAAGAUGGAAGCAGUUUUCCAUAAAAUUUGUUUUAAUUCAGUCAAAUUCACAUCAACGACAGCAAUAGAAUGGGCUUUAUUUUAUUUAUCAUCAGCUAAUAUUAAGAUUAAAGACUGCAAUGGGAGAGAGAGUGGCAUCAGCACUGGUAAUAUAAUUUAGUCUUGCUAUUUUCAAUGAAGAAAACUUGUGUGUUGAGCUUCAGGAUGCGACACUGAACUUUCUGUUUCAUUUUCGGCAGUUGAGUCACCUUGCUAAAGACAUGCUGAGCUCCUUGAAACAUGAAACGACCUGAAUGAAAGGAGUUUUCACAUGAAUCACCAUCAUUGUGACCUGUGUGGAAUGUUUAAGGAGACUUUAUGUACUUGAUACCUCUGAAAUGUAUACCAUUAACUUUGUUUCAUCUCAAAGCUAAGCGCAAGAAAUAGCGGAACAAGCUAUAAGUCAGUCAGUAAUUUUUGUGUGCGUGUGAUGUGCUGUGUUUGUGCUUUCAGAGUUGCGUGCCUUCAUUGACUUGUGCAAUUUAAAUCUCGCACUUUAAUCAUAUUUAUAGCUCCUAACCUAAUAAAACAAGUUGAGCCUACUAUGA